UUGUUACUUUUUCAUCAAGGGUACACUAUGGUUCCAGUGGUCAUAGUUGAACUGGGUCAAUCUGUCAAUUUGACAUGUGCUUUUCAAAUGAAAUAUCAGAGCAACACAUGGCUUUAUUGGUUCAAGCAGAGUGCAGGAGAUACUCUGAAUUUAAUAGUGAUACAGCAGAGAAGGACAUCCCCCAUGUAUCAGCCAAAAUUCAAUAAUUCAAGAUUCAAUAUAACAUACACCGAUCAUGGCAGCAAUCUUACAAUUUUAUCAAUAGUUGAACAAGAUGAGGGAAUGUAUCACUGUUCUCAAAAGGACACACUUGAAUCUACGUGGAGUGGGACCUAUCUAUCAAUAAAAGAAAAAUCUACAAGAACAUCACGCUACACCGUGGUUCAGGAGUCAACAUCAGUUCAUCCAACAGACUCAAAGACUCUGCAGUGUUCAGUUCUUUCUGACUCGGGUAACAAAACCUGUUCAGGAGAACCCAGUGUGUUCUGGUUCAGAGCCGGACCAGAAAAGUCUUUUCCUGAUAUUAUCUACACGGAUGCAAAAGGAGCUGAAGAUUGUGAGAAGAGAUCGGACACUCAGAAGAGAUGUGUUUAUAACUUCUCCAAGAACGUCAGCUCCUCUGAUGCUGGGACUUACUACUGUGCUGUGGCCACAUGUGGACAGAUAUUAUUUGCAAAUGAAAUAAACUUGGGAAUUGAUGGAUUCAGUGUGUGGUCACCAGAAGCCAUGAUAUUUAUUUUUUCACUCUCUGCUGCCUUAGCCAUAAGUCUGAUUUGUAUGGCUGUCCUCAUAAGCUCCAUCAACAGGAUCAAAUGUGAUUGUCAAGAAUCUGUUAAGGUGCAAGAAGACUUUGGUCAGAACAAGCAACAGAACGACGAAGACAAAAGGAUGUAUUCUGCUGCCAUUUUCGCCAUGAUGAAAACUGACAACACUAAAAGAAAGAAAAUAGCAGAAAGACAGAUGAUUUUUGUUGCCAUAAAAGCCUUCGGUCGAUAAGAAACUGUUUUACAGUCUUUGUGCUGAUUGAUGCAGUUUACGGUUGUUUCGAACUAUAAAUUUCAAUGUACAUCAAAUGUAUUGAAUCGCUUCUAAUAAACAUGAUUAGCAAUUGCUUUUACUUAAUUUAGGUAGAUUUUUUUCUGUUUAAAUUGACAUUACUGAAAUAAGGCCAUUAUUGAGGACACACAACAUACUCAAGGGACGAAACGGAUGUUAAAGUAUCUAAAUGCUGUUACAGUGGAAAAUAAAGUACUUUUGAUUGGGUAAAUUCUGUUCUAUCAAUCUGAGCAGUGGAGGUUUGUCAAUAGGGCACACUAUGGUGCUGCCUACAUCACAAUUGCAAGAAAAAAUGUAAAAACAAAUAGACAAAUUAAUUUAUAACGGACCUCAAAAUCCAUCCGCAUGUACUUACCUGCAAAUGGAUUUCUUUUUAGGUAGAGUUUAUUGUUGUGUUGUCAGCCCUGACCUUUGGUGCCCUCCAUUCAAUCUUUUGUCACCAGCCGCCACUGGAUUUGAGUGAAGACAUUUUCUUUCUUUACAAACAAUGGCGUGUUGGUUUUGUCACAUUGUGAAUAACUUCAAUUUCUUUUAUCUCUGUAGUGUUAAUCACUCGUGUUUUUGUCUUAAAAUUUGAUGCUCAUUGUGUUUGUUCUCUGUUAUAGUUACCUGUAUGUAUCAGGCUUUUUGUGGUGACUUUACUACAUUGUUUGUUUUGUGCAGUGUCUGUUCCUGCAUUCACAUCAUUGAUCGUUGCCUUUUCCCCAACACAUAAACUGUUAGUGUCAUAUUACCAGAUUACUCGAUUUGUUUGAUUUUCUCAUGAGUUUUUCUUUAAUUUCUUCGAGUCCUGUCCUAUGUAUUUAUUUUUUAGCUCUUCUGAAAUAUUGCUUUGAGGACAUCCUUGGUAAUCUUACCACUUGCUCCCAUCUCUCAUUAAAAGUUAAUUUACUUUACAUCUGAAUGAGUUCAUGUUGUUUCAAAUUUAUAUUUAUCCCUACCCACAAACUGUGAUUGUUUUACAAUCUAUACCUUACAUCUGAAUGAGUUCAUGUUAUUUUUAAAUUUAUAUGUAUCCCUACCCACAAACUGUGAUCAUUUUACAAUCUAACAAUAAUGGUUAAGUAAACUGUGACAAGUAUAACAAGUAAAACCACUUGUGUCUGUACACAUUUUAAGUUGCAAGCUAGAGGUAAAAAUGUAUAUGAUAGAACAGAGAAACAGUCAAAUAUAGAGAAAGUA